AUGGCGACCAAGGCGCUCGAGGCGCAUUUCAGGCAUCUAUCUGUUCAUGAUGAGAAUAAUGAUAGACACGAUAUGACUGAUUCACAUCGGAUCUCCAAAGUUGUAACCACCAACAACAGCACACGCCCAUCAGAGAGAGAUCAACUCCCAGAACGCUCUACUCUUCGAAAGCCCCUCUCAGAUAUCUCGGCGCAUAUACCUAAUACAGCUCACAGGGUGGGAGAACACCAUAUAGCUAGCAUCAGGCAACAACAAAACACAGCCUUGAACCAUGUCGCUUCCCAGGUGGCUCAAACCAAGGAUGGAAAAGCUCCAUCAAAGGCCCGGCAUCCCCUUUCCGUUGUCAUUUCGCAGGCACCGGAUGUGACGUUCGAGACAGGAGAAAGCAAUGCUGUUCGUGAUGUCAAGCGACAAGACACAGUCGCCAACCACGUCGCUUCCAAGGUCGCUCAAGCUAAAGGCGGACAAGCUCUUUCCCUGGUUCAAGCCCGCCUCUCUGUUGCUCUUUUGGAGAAAUCCAAUUCAGUGGUGAAGGCAGGAAUUCACUCUGUUCAGCUUAUAGUGCAACCUGCCCCCAAGCCACUCCAUCUAGGAAUGUUCGAAAUCGGGCGGGCCCUAGGAAAGGGAAAGUUUGGACGAGUAUAUCUUGCACGAGAACGACAGAGUGGUUUUAUUUGUGCGCUCAAGGUACUACACAAGAAUGAGAUCCAAAAAGAACAUAUGCAAAAACAGGUUGCCCGGGAAAUUGAGAUUCAGAGUAAUCUGCGCCACCCUAAUAUUCUACGGUUAUAUGGCCACUUUCAUGAUAGGAAGCGAAUAAUGUUGGUCCUUGAAUAUGCCGGCAAAGGAGAAUUAUACAAGCACUUACGGAAAGCAGAUCGUUUCCAAGAAAAGAAGGCAGCCCAAUACAUUGCUCAAAUGGCAGGUGCUUUACAAUACUUACAUCGAAAACACGUCAUACACCGGGACAUCAAGCCUGAGAAUAUCCUUGUUGGUCUUUAUGGAGAGUUAAAGAUGUCGGAUUUUGGUUGGAGUGUUCAUUCGCCGAGUAGUCGGAGGCUCACACAAUGUGGAACACUGGACUACCUGCCUCCUGAGAUGGCCGAUCCGAAGAGGUACGGGAAGCCCUAUGAUGAAAAGGUGGAUUUAUGGUCUCUAGGUGUUUUGAUGUACGAGUUCCUGGUUGGAAGGGCACCUUUUGAGGAUACACCUGCUAUGACAUACAGGCGAAUCGCCAAGGGGGAUAUGAAGGUUCCUUCUUUUGUUAGUCCUGAAGCCAAAGAUCUUAUCAAAAAGCUCCUGGUCCUUGAUUCGGACCAGAGAAUUUCCUUAGAGAAAGUGCGACAACACCCCUGGAUUAUCAAACAUUGCGAGAGCGUUGCAAAACAAGACAAGUCUUGA